GGCUGCCUCCGUCCGCGCCGGGCUCAAGAUGCAGUAAAGUGAAGAGAAUGAUUCAGAUGUUAAACUGCAAAUUAACCAUGUGUUGAUGAAGAAAGAACUGCGUGUACUGACUUUCAAUUUCACAUCCUUACAUCUGAUUUGAAGUGACGGUGAGAGAAAGCAUAAGUUAUCUCUCAUUCUGUUUGGACUCCCUGUUUACAGAAGAGUGAUGAAGAUGCUAUUAAGCACAAAAGGGAUCACCAUAUGCCUGUUUUUCUUUCUAUUGAGUUUGGCAGCAGCUAUUGAAAUACCAUUAUCAGUUGCACAGCUUCCAACAAUCACGGAGCAAUCCCACACCCAGGUUGCCUACCCCUUUGAUGAGGACUUUACAAUUAAAUGUGAAGCUAGAGGAAACCCACAGCCCAUCUUUAACUGGACUAAGGAUGGAAAACCAUUUGAUUUGUUAUCUGACCCAAGGAUAGUUGCAACUAACAACUCUGGAACAUUUGUGAUUCAAAACCGUGGAAUCAUCACCAAUUUUCAAGGGAAAUAUCGUUGCUUUGCAUCCAAUGUGCUGGGAACUGCCAUGUCAGAAGAAAUUGAGCUAAUUGUUCCAAGUGUACCAAAAUUCCCAAAAGAAAAAAUUGAACCUCUUGAUGUGGAGCAUGGUGAUUCUGUGAUUUUGCACUGCAACCCCCCAAAAGGCAUCCCACCUUUGCAUAUCUAUUGGAUGAAUAUUGAUUUGCAGCACAUUCCACAAGAUGAAAGGGUCUCCAUGAGCCUUAAGGGAGAUCUCUACUUUGCAAAUGUGGAAGAAAAUGACAGUCGGAGUGAUUAUUGUUGCUUUGCAGCAUUUCCAAGACUGAGGACGAUUGUGCAAAAAAUGCCAAUGACGCUGAAGGUUUCCCGUUUUAAGCAUGCUAAUGACUCAGGCUCACCUAAUGCUGCGGUUACUAAGGCAAAUUUUAUCAAGGAAAGAAAACCCAGACUGCUGAUCCCUCCUGAAUCUGCUGGCAGUAGCUCAUCAGUCACUGUCAUCAAGGGAGGUGUCCUGCUACUGGAAUGUAUUGCUGAAGGGCUCCCAACUCCUCAUCUAAGCUGGGUCAAGAUCACUGGAAACUUGCCCAAGGAUGAACCAGAAACAGAGAAUUUUGGGAAGAUACUGAAGAUAGACCAAGUGACUACAGCUGAUGAAGGAACAUACCAGUGCACGGCAAGCAACCCCAUGGGGAGAGUGAAGCAUGAGUUCCACGUUCAUGUGGAAGAGCCUCCUCAGUGGAUAAAGAAACCCGAAGGUGGUGUUUACAGCGUGGGAACAAAUCUUGUGCUGUUGUGUGAAGCUAUUGGCAACCCAGAGCCAACCAUUCAGUGGAAACUUAACGGGAUGCCCAUUGAUAGUAGGACAUUCAGAGGGAGAAUCUCUGCCAGAGAGAUCAGCCUUACCAACCUUCAGCUUCAGGACAGUGCUGUGUACCAGUGUGAGGCCAGCAAUAAGCAUGGCACCAUCCUUGCCAGUGCCAAUGUGAAUGUCCUCAAUAUUGCUCCCUUAAUACUGACCUCAGAUGGUGAAAACUAUGCUGCAGUUGUGGGUUACAGUGCUUUCCUGCACUGCGAAAUUUUUGCCUCACCUGCAGCAGAUAUUAGAUGGACUAAGGAUGACAGCAUAGAACCACUUUCAACAUUACGCUAUGAAUUAAAUAAGAAUGGCACACUAGAGAUCAAAGAAACAACGAAAGAAGACUCAGGAUCAUAUGCUUGCUGGGCUGCAAACUCUGUUGGAAAAAGAGCAAUCACUGCCAAUCUGGAUAUAAGAGAUGCUACAAAACUUGUUGUUACUCCGAAGAACCCCCGAGUGUUGAAAUCACAUUCAAUUUUAUUGAAAUGUCAGGCUGAGUAUGAUUCACACUUGAAACAUAGUUUUAAAUUAUCCUGGAGGAAAGAUGGAGAUGAACUGCCAGUCAACAGCACAGAAGGUGGCAGGAUAAUUCUGGACAGGGAUACACUGUUCAUACCAAGCGUGACACAGGAGGAUCAAGGAGUUUACAUGUGUGUGGCCAGGACUUCUCUGGACAGUGUCACAGCUGAAUCAUGGUUAAUUGUUCUUGAUGUUCCUGAUCCACCAGAAGAUCUUCAGCUCUCAGAAAAUCAAAACCGAAGCGUUCGACUAUCCUGGAAAGCUGGGGCCAGUCAUAACAGCCCUGUUAAUGAGUCAAUUAUAGAGUUUGAAGAGAACCGAUGGGAGCCGGGGAGGUGGCAGGAGCUAACCCGGGUCGUGGGAAAUCAUACUACAGCCCUUUUGUCACUGGCCCCGUAUAUGAAUUACCAGUUUCGUGUCCUAUCUGUGAAUGCUGUGGGAAGGAGCCAGCCCAGUAAACCAUCCCUGCGCUAUGCAACACCUCCGGCUGCUCCAGACAAGAACCCAGAAAACAUCCGAGUUGAAGCUUCAGAGCCAAAUGAGAUGGUGAUGAAAUGGGAGCCAUUGAAACCCAUGGAGAGAAAUGGGCCGGGGUUGGAGUACAAAGUCAGCUGGCGACAGCAGGGAGUCGAGGCGGACUGGAAUGAGGAGAUGGUGAAGAAGCAUUCCCUGACCCUGCGAAACACUCCCACCUUUGUGCCUUAUGAGAUCAAAGUCCAAGCAGUAAAUAAUUUAGGAUCUGGUCCUGAACCAAAUAUUACCAUCGGAUAUUCAGGAGAGGAUGUUCCAGAUGCUGCUCCUUCCGGCGUGUCAGUGGAUAUUGUGAACAGCACACUGGUCAAAGUCUUCUGGUUUGGGAUACCAAGGGACAGAGUUCGUGGACAUUUAAGAGGCUAUAAGGUCAGCUGGUGGAAAACAAAGAGCAUGCUGGACGGAAAAAGGCAUCACCCAGAGAAACACUUCCUAACAUUUGUAGGAGACAGAAACUACGGGAUGAUUCCUGGUCUAGAGCCCUUCAGUGAAUUCCGCUUAACUGUUUUGGCUUACAACUCCAAAGGAGAUGGCCCAGAAAGCUCCCCUGUUGUGUUUGAAACUCCAGAAGGAGUUCCGGAACAGCCACGUUUUCUCAGGAUCCUGAACUUUGACAAGGACUCUGUCACUCUGUUAUGGGGACUUCCCAAGAAAGCCAACGGCCACCUUACUGGCUACAUUUUGCAAUACCAGAUGAUAAACGAAACACACGAAAUCGGACCCCUGAACGAUGUCAGUGUAACAAACCGCUCCACGCUCAGCUGGAAGCUUUCAGGUCUCAGCUCCAGUACCAAGUACAAAUUCUAUGUAAAGGCUUGUACAGUCAAAGGCUGUGGGAAGCCAGUCACAGAAGAAGGACUAACGAUGGCUCAAGGGAGUAAAGGGAUCGGCAAGAUUUCAGAAGCAGUAAAGCCCACACAAAAGUUUCACCCCAUUGAGGCACUUGAGCCUGGAACUGAAUAUACAGUUCGUCUAGUGACUAAGAAUUGGGUUGAUAACAAUAGCAUUUUUGAAGAUGUAAUUGAGACAAGGGGGAGAGCCUAUGCUGGUAUUUACGAUGGAAUUUCCACCCAGGGGUGGUUUAUUGGACUGAUGUGUGCCAUCGCUUUGCUCACCCUACUGCUGCUAACUAUUUGCUUUGUCAGAAGAAAUAAAGGAGGAAAAUAUUCAGUGAAAGAAAAAGAAGAUUUGCAUCCAGAUCCCGAAGCUCAAUCAAUAAAAGAUGAAAUCUUUGGGGAAUAUAGUGACAGCGAUGAAAAGCCGCUGAAAGGCAGCCUCCAGUCAAUUAACGGGGACAUUAAAGCCACUGAAAGUGCUGAUAGUCUGGUAGAUUAUGGAGAAGGGGAACAUGGGAUGUUCAAUGAAGAUGGUUCGUUUAUUGGAGCUUAUUCUGGAUCUAAGGAAAAAGGGUCAGUGGAAAGCACUGGGAGUUCUACGGCAACUUUUCCUCUACACGCCUAAAAUAAUGGCAAGAAUGAUUUAUGUUUAAUUGUGAUAUUUAUCUUGAUUAGUGCUCCACAGUUGACACAUGUGAUUGGAAGCAGGUUGCCAAUUGAGCCAGUCAGGAACCUGACAUGCAGGUAAUACAAAAAUAAGUCACUGCCACUAAAAGAUGAUUUUCCAUUCUAAUUUCUAGGUGUUUUCUUCUAAUUAAAACAAAAUAAAUCAUUCUUUACUAUAGCAAAUGUCUUAGUAUUACAAAAACAGAAUUUCUCAGUGUAACAUCUGUAUGCUUAACUUCAAAUCCAUGUGUGUCUUAGGUUUCGAAUAUGUUUCUCUGUAUAGUAUUUUUUUUUUCCUGUCUGGCUGCUGUCACUUUGUACAUACAUGUAUACACAGUAUUUCCUCAAAUACCAUGGCCUCAGCAUUGUAGAGGUUAUGACACACCAAGAAAACUGAACAGACAACGGGUUACUCUGCAAAGUGACACCAUGCAUCCUACUGAGAAAAAUGAUAAUUUAAAAUACUGGAGAAAUAUAUUCUAUAUAUUGUAUAAUUUUUCAUAAAGAAAUAAACUCCUUUGCUUGUGGUAUUCUAAAAUUAUUUUAGUGGCUACCGCUGACUGCAAUAUCCAACUCUUAGACAUGCAACUAUCCACAGAAAAAUUGUUCCUAAAAGACAAAGCUCUGGCCUUGUAGAUGAAUCUUCUGCCCAGUAGCUGGCACUAUUUCCUUAAGUAAGUUAAGCUGCAGUAUCUUUCCUGUGGCAAGGUAAAACAGGGUUCCCAUCCACCAUCAUCAGAAAGCAUUUUAAUUUCUUUUCCCAAGUCUCUGCGAGCUGCAUUUCUAAGCAAAAUGCUUGUUGUCUGUCUCAUAUCUGUAUAUUUGUGCACUAGCAUACAUUUCAUAGGGAUGUUGUACAUAUGAUAUUAAUAUUGACACAAGUAAAAAUCAGCCUUGUUUUAUUUUGAAAUGAGAUAUGUUGCUAGCAUGAGUCUAUGUAGGAAUAAAUAGAAUUGCUUCUCAGUAUGAGUUUGGACCAGCAAAACUAGUUUUCAGAAGGAGCUGUGUGUAUACCAGUCGUAUAAAUCUCACAUCUUUCUAGUAUCACAUAAAAUAGACCUACCUGACUCUUAUCAUUUAUUUUCAAGAUAUUCAUUGUUAAAUAAGCAAAAGCAAAUGCAAAGAGAAAAUAUUAUGGUAUAAUUUCUUUUAUAUUUUGUUUAUUGGAUGCUGGUUUAAACCUGGCUCCUUGCCUCUCCAACACUAACUCAGCAAGCUGUACAGCACAUUUUUUUGGUCUUUUUGUAUUGGAAUCUCUUGAAUUUCUUUAAAAGUAUGUAUUUUUUAAUAUGUUUAUUUGAAUAGAGUAUCAAUAUGGCUUCAUUUCUUCUUGCACUUACAAUUCAUCACUUCAAUUAUGAUGUCUUUUAAAUAGUUACUACAGGAGGAAUAGAUCCUAAAAGCCAUUUUGCAUCAUGAUACUAAUUAGGCAAAUAUCCCCAAUGGCUCCUUCACAGUCUCCAUUACUUCAAUGGAAGGAAGAAAGGAAGCAAGAAUUACUUGCAUGGUUAUGAGUUUCCAGUAAAGGCUACAAUUAAGGCAUGCUGGCUGCACACAGAGGUGCAGGUUGUUACCAUCAGAAAGGCCAUGGUGUGUAUGCACAGAUCACCUUAGCAGGGGUUCCUCCCCAGUAUUCAUCCAUUUCUGAAAGCAGUAAGUGGCCUCUGGUCCUUGAUGCUUCUGCAUAUCUGUUCUUCUCCAUUUUAAUUGUUUUUGGUUUUGUUUUUUUUUUUAAUUUAGCUUGUAAGGGCCUUUCAAAUAGCCUCUGUCUGGAAAAAGCAAACCCCAAACAGACAGCUUGAAACAACCAGUGAUGCCAUGUAUAUGAGUAUGAAAGGAGGAGUGGAAAUCUGCCCUGAUUUAAAAAUCACCGCAAUCUGUAUUGAGUGAAUCUGUAUUUCACUUAAUCGAAAUGCUGAAAAUGUCCAAAGUUAUUUUUACUUACAAAAAAAACCCAAACCAAAACAAAAGAAAAAAAUGUUCAUUUUAAAAGAGAAAGAUUGGGUAAUUGGGCAAAUGUGAAAACUGGCAUCUCAUCAACAGAGACAUUUCCCACCAUGAUCUUUAUCUGCUGACUCUUGUGGGCUGCAGCCCAAAACAGAUAAAGUCUAAGAGCUGAUUAGGCUUGUGACAGCCCAGCAUUUGUUGCAAGCUUCAGGCUGUUUUCAUGAUUUCCUUUAGGAAUCAUAUGCACUAAUGCAUGACCAAGGGUCUUUAAAAUAGGAACAAAAAUUGAGGAAACAAAAUUGGGAUUGACUCCCGUGAAGCCUUGCUAUCCUGUGCAGAGGGAAGGGCAGAGCUCUCCCAGCUACAGGGUCCCUAACCAGGGCAGAUGCCCAUGGUGAGGCUGGAUGCCACCCACCCACAGCCCCAGUCAUCCAUUUCUUGUGUUGCUGCAGAUCCACUAGACUCCUUGUCCCAGAAAAUGCCUACAUUAAACAGACACAAAUUUCAGAUCUUAUUAGUAAGUGUCAAAUUAUCGAAUAAUGAAUAUAAAUCCCCUGUGUUAUCACUUGAUCUGUUGCUGCUAAGAGAUGUUUAUGACAUUCCUGUGAUGUGCUACUCAUCUGUGCCAGUAUGAGUGCUUUUUCUAUUAAAAUUUUAAUUCAGAUCCCUAAAUCUCAAUGUUGGUGUUUUGUGACGCCUCAGGGCCUAAAAAUGAUACAGUGACAAAAAGAUGUUCAGUGGAAUUUGUAUAGUGUGCACUGACUUUUGAGGAAUAUGCCCAAUGAAUAUUAAACAAAUGGCUAAAACUCCUGGGGAAUCUCACUCACCUGAGCUUUUUCCUCUUUCUCAAUCAUUUCUUUGCCUUUCUUUUUUCCACAAUGGGUUUUUAUUUCCUAUUGUAAGGGUACCACUCAUACUGUGUACCCCAGACAGUGCAGGACCUUCAUGGUUUUAUCAGCAGUUUUCUUUCAAAAUUAACCUAACAGCAAGCUUAAAUUUUCCUGAGCAAUCUUUUGUCCUUGCCAGGAGAUGGGCUUCAUUUUUUUCUAGGAUGGUCUGUUACAGGUGGGAGGAAGUGUGGCCAUGCAGGCUGAGCAAAAAGUAUCACCAACUGUGCUGCGGUUCUAAAAUAGUGCAUUAAAACCAUUGAUGUGUUUUAUUUUUAUUUACUCCGGCCAUGAGUGUUUAUUAAAAUCAGUUGAUGGAAAUAUGUGGUGAUUUCAUUGGUUACUGCUUAGCAGGGGAUUUCAGACUCCCUACUGAGAGGAGGGAGUCAGAAACAGACAGUGUGCGAACAUGCAGAUCGUGCUGAAUAGGGAACUAUUACUCAGUGCCAUGGCUAUUAGUUCGGUUAUGUUUGGUUACAAAGUGCCAUUACAUUUUGCUGGCAGCACAACUGUGAGAGGGGAAAUGCCACUUUCAGAUUUGAUACCUCAGUCCACCCAGGAUGGAAUUUCACCCAGCAUUUCCCAGGCCAUAGGAAUGCUGGCUUGUGGAUUUAAGCUGCCUCCCCUGGAACAAGAUAGGGAUAGAUGUUUCCCAAAAAGUUGUGCAGUUUUCAGUGUGCAUAAGAUUAAGCAGAGAAAAUCAGGUUUUCCUCACUAAUGGGGAAAAAAAGCCCUGUGUGCUAGCUCCUGUGCCAGUGAGCCAUUUGUGUUCACAGAGCAGAGUACCAUUGGUUUGGUAUGGAUUGUAAUCUCAGACAACAUUUUCUUAUAAUAUAUAUAUAUAGUUAAAUAGCACAUCCAAGAACUUGUAGGAAUGGCCCCAGAUUCAUUCUCUGGCAAAAUUUGGGGACUAAAAUCUGGGGACUCAAGAAAUCCUCACUUCUGCUUGACUCUGCUCUGUAGCAAGGAUAACAGUACAGGACUGGGUAUUGAAGCCCUUCCGGGGCUGGAUGUUUAGGAAGAGCAGAACCAGGAAUCAAAUCAGAAAAUGGCUUUCCCCUCUGGAUAAAAUGUGUGUAUGCACUCUAAAUAAAAAACCUUUGUAACUCAAGUUUUAACUGUAUCUAAUUAGCAUAUCAUUUAAUGGUUUAUGUUGAUUCCGUGUUAUUUGUUCUGCUGCCUUCGUAUUACACAAAUUUAAAUGAGUAGGUCUUUUUCUGGUAACUACUUCCAUUGACUGAAUGGGUCAGAUCCAAUGCAUGAGAGGCUUUAAUGAAAGUUACAAUUUUUGUGAUAAAAACAAAUACUAGCACAAUCUUUCUAUAUAAAAAAGAUAGGGUUUUUUAACAGUAAUUUCACAUUCAGUUUGUAAACUGAAGUUAGAAUAAUUCACUGAUGCUUGCGUGCUUCUGAAAGGAAAUCUUGUAAUUUUUUAUAGUUGUCAUUUUGCAGAUGAGUGGUAAAUCUAGAUUAUUUUACAUACCUGUAAGAACAGAUGUGAUGAAAGGGAAUUCUUGGUGGCAAGAGAAUUUCCUUUAUAUAACAAUGGAUCAAGCCCUCAGCUGCAUCUCUGUUAAUGUUUAAUAUUUCAAGAUAAGGCCUAUAAACUGUGUUGCAAUACCAGCACAUGUACAUUGCAGCUCUGUAUCUUUCAUGUAAAAGUCUCAAGUGAUCUGCACUGAUUUAUUCUGUUUUCAGGCAGGAGCCAGUAGGUGGGUUUGAGCCAAAGCACACUAUCUGUUUCAUUUUUUGUUGUUAUUAUUACUACUACUUUAAAUAAGAUACUUUGUAAUUUCAUGAGAAAAGAUCAAAGCAAAUGUGAUGUCACUGUUACAAUGUUACUUUUUGAGCUAAAUGUUACUGUGCAUUUAUUAAAGUUUAGAGAAAUGUGUUGUACUGUAGUUGCUGUUUGUAUCAUGCAUAUGUGCACGUAUGGUUUUAAAGGAUAUUUUCAUUUUACAUGAAAUACAACUUUGCUAAUAAAAGUUUGACUUGAUGUAAUCUUCAAAAGCCUUAGCUG